UUGUUUGGUUUUAUCAGCAACAAACUCAACGAUCAGCGCACGCUAUUGCCGCCGACCGCCGACCUGACCGUCCCCCCAUACUUAUAUUUAGCGGCAGGAAUCCGUACAAAGCUUCAGAUUUUCAGAAUCAUCGAGCGAGAUUGUACCGACCGAAAGAGCUACUAACAAACAUUUUUACUAAUUUUCGUACGUGGAGUGAUAUCAACAAUUUUGAAUAUGAGGGGAACAUUGGCUGUUAUUGCCCUUUUGGGGUAUUUGUGCUGCACAACUGCUUUACCAGCAACUUCAAAACAAAUAGAUGACGAUAUUGAACUUUUUUCACCCAAAGAAACCCACGUGGAACAACCUGUUAUUGACACAGAUGCAGGAUUUGGCUUUGAUGGCUUCUCCAACCAUUUUAGUGGGUUGUUUGACAACUUUGAAUCUAUAUUGACAAAGAUAAAGCAACAAAUGGACCAGUUGAUGAACAGCUUUCCAGUAUUUAGAACUGGAAAUUCUACCGGCGACUUUCCCGAUUUUCCUAACUUUGGAGGGGACCUUCCACAAAUCCCCCAAUUCGGUGACAUUGACUUAAGCAAAGGAAACACCACAUCAGAAACUAAGAUCAUCGAUGGACACAAAGUUGUUAUCAAUAACACACAAUACCACAAAGACGGUGAAAACGGCAGUGCCUUCUUCCAAGUCCGUGUCAUAGAUGUACAACCUACUGAAACUGAAGACGCUACAGCAUCAGCUAACGCAAUGCCUAAAGACAGAGAGGAUGUAGAAAAUAGUAUAGAUAACGAAAUUAUUAAAAACAAAGAGGCCGUCUACUAUCAACCCCUAGACUUAGACGAACUGGAUUCAGGAAGCAAAUUCCGACCUACUGGUUUAUCCUACCUAGUAGAUAACUCUGAAUGGGAUGACCUAAACAAGAUCGAGUCCAUUGACGACAACGCUUUAAACUUCAACGGAAAUCAACCCGAGUUUGACUUAAGCAGGGACACUUACGUUAACGAAUUGUUGGCAAAAUCGGGAGCUCCAGUGAAUCCAGACGCAGAAAUCAUCAAACCAAUUCGGGUAUCUACUCAAAGAGUUCAGCCUGACGCAGAAAUCAUCAAGCCAAUUCGAGUAUCUACUCAGGGAGUUCAACCUCUGAUAUCAUCUAGUGAAAAACCUUACGACUUGAGCAGGGAUACUUAUGUUAACGAGAUACUAGCAAAAUCUGGAGCUACAACUAAUUCUGAUGCAGAAGUCUUCGAAACUUCACCUAAAGCUUCUACUGCAGCACCCAUGUUGAUUAGAUUUCAACCUAAGAGAUAACUGUUCGUUUAAUUGUUUUUAAUUUAUUUAUUUAUUAUUGACUAACCCACUUCGAAGAAGACUGACAACUUGAUUCACCAUGUUCAUUAUAUAUCCUUGCCUUAUCAUUUAAAUGUAUCUGGAUUAUUUUUUAAACGAAAAAAAAUUGUACUAACAAUCAUUUUCAAAACGAAUUUAUAAUUGCAUACAUACCAGUGAAGAAUCUCAUAAUAUUUGGUGACUCCCUUUAAUUUUGCAUUUCAUAAAAGUACUUAAUUUUAAACUUACUUAAAUUACAUUGUUUAUUAUGGUUAAAAGUAAAAAAAAUAAGAAAUUAAUUCAUAUUCUAUUUUUCAAAAACUGUAUUUUUAACUAAUAAAAUUUUUUACUUACUGAAAAA